AUGUUAAGAUUAAAAAAUGCUUUUUUAACCAGAUAUAAAAUAAACAAAUUUAGUUCUUUUCAUCCAUUUGUACUAUUUCCAAUUAUUUCAAAUCAAUAUUUUUAUACUACCGUUUCUUCCAGCAGUGACAUCAACCUUACUUCUCUAAUUGAACAAAAAACCCAACACUUUUUAAAUUUAUUUCAGUCUAUUAAAAACAGCGAUUAUACCAUUAUAAAAACAAAUAUUUUACCAGAACUGGUAAAAACAUUUCCUGAUGAUACUGCCACUACUAAUAAUCAGCUUAUCUCACAAAUCCAACAAAAUAUCGAACAUUCAGUCAAAUUUAAUGAAUUUAUUAAACUACAAGUACUAUACAAUAUUCAUGACAUUUCCUUAAUAAAUAAAUUUUUCAAUACGAUAUUCAAUUACAAAGAAUUAUUCAAGAAAAGCAACAGUAGUGAUGGUACUACGCAAAGGAAAAUCUUACAAUGGCUCGUUGAUGAUACAAUAUUGAAGUUUAAUGACUAUUUGUUUGCUUUUAAAGUCGUUAAAAUUGCUUUCAAGAUUGAUUCGGAUUUAAUUGAUCCGGUAUAUUUAACUCAAAAGUUAAUACCUCAAUUUUUAAGCCUCAAAUUACCCUCCUACCAAGUUGCCAUAAUUAAUUUCAUAAUAAAUUAUUCCAAAAAAUAUCCUCAAUUAUCUCUACUUAAUGAUGAUGCUUGCCACAGAAUUUUUUCUAUUCUUUUCACCUUAAAAAGUGGAAGCAACGUUAAUCCAGUCUACAUUAAAAGGGUUGCCAAUCAUAUUUUACCAGUAUUUAAGGACAAAUCAACUACAAAAUAUUUAAAUUAUAUCUAUACUCUAAUCAAAAUAGAUUGUGGAACUAAAAAUAUUAACGGCGUUAUUCAAAAUUGGAGCAAAAUUGAAAACUUUUAUUCUGAUAAAAACUUAAAUAAGCAUGAUCCCGUAGUCAUCAGUAAAGUUUUAAAAAUACUUAUAAAUAAUAGAUUAAAAGACCCCACUGGCGUCAUAGAUGAACAUAUUCAUCGUAUUAUUCGCAAAUUACCUACAAAUUAUUCAAUCAGCUCACUACUAAUAUUAAAGCAGCUUUUAAAAUUUGCCUCUCAAUCAAAUAACUUGGACUUAGCUGCUCCAAUUAUAGAUGGUUUGAAACAAACAACUGAUAAUACUUUGAUUAAAAAAUUUUACAGCAGUUUGUUGAUGUUACACAUCAGUUUUAAUGAUGCAGCAGCUGUCGAUGAAUUAUUAAAGAAAAUUGUUAAUACUAGAGGCCGAUUAUCUCCAAGUGAUCUGGGCGUUUUAGUCCAUCACUUGUUGUAUUCUACUGACAACAAUAUGAGAUCAGAAAAUGAAAUAACGAAUACUGUAUCAACGAAGAAUAUUAAUAGUAAAGUGGUUAAGAUCAAAGAAGCUAUCUACAUGUUUGAAAAAAUCACCAAGAACCUUGAACUUUAUGAAAAACAUGAAUAUUUCCCUACAGUUUUUCCAUUACUUAUUAAAGCUUGUUUAAACGUUAUAUAUGAACAGCAAAAACACGUCUCACUUGACGAUAAUGGUGAUAGAAUUUGGGCCUUUAAUACUGUCAAUCAACUAUUGGAUCUUUGUGCUAAAUGGCAAAAUUUAAAUGGUUUAAUUAACGAAAAUUUUUAUAGUAAAAUAUCAACCAUAUAUUUUGACUACAUAAUUAAAACAAAAGGAAAAUCGAUUAGAUAUAACGCUACCAAACAUACGCUCAAUGACAAAAAUGAUUCUUUUUUACAACUACUUAGAUGGAACUAUGUUUUAUCUCAAUCUAAGUUGAAUCCAAAAAAAGAAAUUAUACUCAAUGAAUAUGCAUUAGAAGAUACAAUAACCAAAAAUCCAUUUGGCACAGAUCAUUCGCUGUUAGAGAAUGUUUUGUUAAUUAAUAAUAAAAACCGAGUCCCUAUUUUACGUUUAAUACAAAACGCUGCUAUAGAACAUGAAAGUAGAACUUUAGAAAGGUGGACUAUUAGGGAAUUGACCAACUUUGCAUUGUUACCCGAGGAGAUUUAA